CUCCCCUUUCUUUGUCCUGCUCGUCCCUCUCCCUCACGCUUGAUGCUUUUGUUUGUGCUGGGUGGGGGGUGGGAGGGGACCUGGGUUGAGAGACAGCCCUUAGUUUGUAGGUAUGGCAUUUGGUUCCAGACCACUGUGAAGGGCAGGGGGAGCAGACCCCAGAGUCAUCCCCAAGACCCUGAACUUUGCUUCUGUCGAGCGCUGUUUGCUGCCAGAGCCUGGAGCAAAGCCGAUCCACAGCAGUCCCCAGAGCUCAGGAGAGGGGUCUGCAAAACCACCGUGGCACUCAGUGGUGCCUGGCUGCUGUUUCUGUGGGGUUGCCCUGCCAGUGGUGUAUUUCCAGCCACCCGUUCUGCUGCAUUCAUCCUGACAGUCCGUGUGGCAUGGGGGUAGCAGCAGGAAAUCUGCAGGUGGCAGAGGACAGGGAGCUAGCCUGUGCCUUGCCAGGACCCUCAGUCACUUUGCUUUGGGGUAGUUUAGGAAAGCAGGACAGAUUUGUGGACUCCUGGCAUAUCCUCUCGUGGUGGUGGCACUGUGAUUCCCUGCUUAUGCCAGGAGCAGUGGGAUACCCUUCCUGAUCCCUGCUGUGGGCUGGAGGGAGGCAUGUGUGUCCCAUCUUUCUGAUCAAUGAUCAAUAGAUGUUGUGGAAUGCCUGAGGUUUUCCUGACUUUACUUUGGGAGAUGCAGAGACUUACUAGCUCUGGGAAUCACUGCAUGUAUCUGUAUCUGCCACACUGCAGCUUUGUUGUUACACAAGGUUUAUCUCUUCCCUGGGGCUGCUGCCCCGGGCAGACGCCCAGGCUUGCCCUGCCUGGGCCAGCACUGUGGCCAGUAGUAAUUUCUGUGCCAGGAUUUUGUCCUUGUGUGUUGGGGAAAAACUCUGGGGCUGCCCUGGGAGUUUGGAUCCAACAGCUGGGCUCUGGGACUGGCCGCCCUUUAAAUAGUACGUCCCUCCUUGUGAGGAACAGAGCUGUGUGUACUGAACGAGGGGACCACCACUGGGUCUGAUAAUGGCAAUCUGCAAAAGCAACCGUGGUCUGAGUACCUAAACCGCCAGCACACCCUGGCUGAGGCCCCCGCUGCUUGGCUUCAUGCAUGUCACUCUGGAAAGGAAGCUCAGAGAGAGAGAAGAAACUCUCCAACUCCUUCCCAGCCUGCAUCGCUAGUGCUGCUGGUGGGCCCAAAAUAGAAACUGUGUGGCCAGCCUCUCCCCCAGCCCCUGCUCAGCCUCGGCCCCAGCAGCAUGAGUGACGGUGGCGGCUCACUGCGUUUCAGCCCUGGUUAAUUCAUGGCUCAAGGCUGUCAGUCUUGCUGUUCGGCUCCUCUGCCAAAUGCAGCAACAGAUUGUUUACAUCAGUGCUGUCAGGUUUCUUGAUUGCCGGGAGGCAGAUUAUUUACUGUAGUGGCAUAUAAACUUCAUAACAUUAUGAUGGUGGAAAGUUGUCAAGGGAUAUAAAUGCCCAGAGUCAGCCCAGGAGGCUCCAAGGAGAUGGUUUUGGUUUAAAUUAAGAUAAAACACUGUCUUCCAUGGAUUUUGGGAAGGAAAUCGCAUUGUUGUAAUGGGAACUUUACUCUGAAUGUUAGGGCUGGCAAACUCUUCACUUUAUGAAGUCUCUGUGGAGGAUCUGAGCUACUCUGGCAGAUGUGCCUUAAAACAGAUCUCACAUUUGCCCUGAGAAGGUGGUGAAAAAAAGGAGAUGGCACCAUGGCAUCAUGCAGAGCUGGGAGUGAGGUGGGAUGGAGCUGCUACGAGAAGGGUGUUGGGAAAACGCUAGGAAGUGUAUAAAAAGUCUCAGUCCCUUCUGCUCCCAGCCCCUGUUCUUCUCAGAAAACCAGUUGUGAGCAUUUUCUUGUGGCGGGCCAGGCAUGAAGGUGGGAUGGCUUUUGUCUUGCUUUGUUUGAGGCAUGGCUAGGCAGUGUCCUUCCACCUGGCUCUGCCACUUGGAGAAGCCUACUGUGACAAACUGCCAAACUGUGGUGUUUCAUUUCUUUGCCUUGCUACGGUUGUUCCCCAAGGCAGCUGCUGGUCCUUGGUGUUGCAUCUGUCACGCUAACUUGCUCACUCAAAGAAAGCAUCUUAGAAGUUGUAUCUCCUCCCUGUGGUGUUCCCAGCUCCUGACUGGCUGUGAGUUGUACUCUUGCUCAGCCCAGUACAAGAUGGAUACAGAAAGCCUACACUGAUGUAGCUGCCUGUCCCUUGUGAAGCAAUGCUGUCCUGGGACCUCCAGGCUGGCCACCCAGAGUGCCCAAUGACACUGACUGUCUUCUGAGCAAGUUGUCAAACAUGUUAGAUGUGCCAGAGGUGCCUUGCUCUCAUGCCCGUGCCCAGUAGCCCUGACAGGACCUCUAUGCAUCGUGUGCAGGGACCUCAGGGACCACAGGGCUGGGAGGAAGUCCUCUGCAGCUGCAUGCAUCUGACCACCAGCUGGUUUCUAAGCACUUGCCUUGCUUUCUCACUAGCAGAGAGGUCUGAAUUCAUCUUGAUCAGGCCCAGGACUCACUGAGAGAUGAGCUGAAAUCUUUGAGUACCCUGCUAGGAUCAGAAACUGGCUUCUGCAGCUUGGAGGAGCAACCUUACAGUUGCAGCAGUAAUCCCCUCCUCUGCAGGGUGACAGUGCAACUGAGGAUGUCCUUAUCCUUGUUCUGGGAAUACCAUGCUCUUGCAGCUCAGAAGCCUGGAAGUGGCCCAUAUAGGUGGUGGCACUUGUUGCAGUAGGUCAAAUGUAUGAAUCCUAAAAUAGAUGAGUAUAGCCCAUGGUUCACUCCUCACGGUGCUUUGAAAGGCUCAUGGCUUGGAUGGAGCCUCCUCUCCCUGCUGGGGGGAGCCCCAUCUCCUUGCUCAUACUGGACUCAGUGUGGGGGAGCUCCUGACUCUGUUUUAUUUGUGUGAUGGUAGGAGAGAUGACAGCUGGAAUGGAAAUUCUGAGUAGAAGCAAAGUGCACAGUAUGAGAACUUGCUGAUUACUGCACACCUCACUGCAACCAAAGCCUGAGGGCUGCACUGCAUCUUGACCAGCAUUUUCCCUUCCCCAUCUGGCACAGGGGCACCUUCCUCAGCAGACCUCAUCUGUGCAGGUUGCUCUUGUAAGGUCAGAGAAGCCUGGCUGGGGAGCCCCAGGGAGAGGAGAGGUCGGUGAUGAUGCAUGGGAAGCAGGACGGGACAGCGGGAACAGGAUCUCAGCAGGGGUGGUGUAAGGACAGUAGCACACAUGGGAAGAUUGACUAUCAGAGCACUGAAAGGGCAUUGUGGGUAUUGCAAGCUUGUGAUGGAAACAGAGGCUGAAGGCAACCAGCGGUGUGCCAGCAGGGUGGGAAUGAGCAGCAGCUCUCUGGAUGGGCUUCUGGGUCCCUCAGUCCCUCCAGUGCCCUGGCAGGGAGGAGGCAGGGAGGCGGCAGGGAGGCAGAAGCCCAGGAGAUCUUGCUGUCACACAGGAGUGGCUUUUAAUAACACGCUUUCCUGUUGGCUGAUCUGCAUGAGUCAAGUGUCUCUGCCAGGAGAAGACAGCUUGUAAACUCAAGUGGGAUUCUGCUCACACUCUGCCAGCUCUAGUGCCACAGCAGCUCCCAGCACCCACAGCUAGCCAGGACACAGGAACCCAGCCAGCUGCCAUCAGGACAGGUACUCGUCAUGGAACAGGGCGAAGCUCCCGGACUUGUUUCCCUGGUAGUCCCGUGGUUGGAAAAAAUGCUUUCCAGUUGACUAACUGGAGGUUUGCUGAAAGGUCAAGAGGAGCUGAUGGUGUUAUUAUGUCCAGACUUCUCUGUGGCUCAAGGCUUGUGCAUUUAGUACCAGCAACAUCCUGCAAUAGGGUCCUCUUGCCUCCUUUGGUGCCAGGAGAGGGGUGCCAGAUUUGUCGCUGUAUGAAGGUAACCUGAGAUCUCUCUUGCUUCUGGGCACUGGCAGGAAUAGACCAGGCUGCUGGAGGGACAAAGGGAAUAAUAAUGUGGAGGAAGGGCCAAGAGGGUGUAUGGCACAGGAUCCCUCUGCCUAUCACAGAGAGCCUCUUAAGUAUAGUACAUGGGAGUUUGCUCAAGGCUUGUGAAGCAAAGCAGAAUAGUGGAGCUGAAUAUCCAGAUUCUGUUUGUGAUGUGGGCAAAGAUUAUGUCAUGGGGACACUGCAUGUUUAGCCCUUAAGAGUCAGCCUGUCUGGUUUUGGAACCACCAUCACCAAAUGAGGGAUAGCUGCUGGAUAUCUGGAGAGAUGUCUCCAUAAGAGCUAUUCACAAGCUCUAUGUCCACUGCAGUUACAAGAUGCAAGUUUUUCCUCUUCGAUCCCUGCUGUGCUUUCCAAGGGUGCUUAGAUCUUGGUGGGACAUGUUCCUGCUUCAGCAGCAUCUCUGCACUGAGGCCAGGCAGGGUGUGUAGGAUGCUUUGAGGAGUCUGGUAGUAGAAAACACCCCACCUUUCAAGAGCUCUGAUUGCAGAUCAUGAGCAGACCAGAGCUGCUGUCUCCUUCCUUAUUCACAGAAGAGACUGAAAUGACAGUGUGUAUCUGCUCAUAAGUAGAGUUGAUAUCCCAGUACGUGCCGCAGUACUUCCUUACUUUGCACCCUGCAAAUGCCAGGCUGCCUUGAUCCAGCCUCCUUACUUAACUGAGCCAAGCAAUGUGCUCUACAGAGCAGCCACAGGUGCUGGCUCCUCUCCAUCUUUUUUCAGUGACAAACAAUGGAGAUGCCAGAAAUGUGCUGGUGUUAGGAGCAGGGCUUCCAAGGCUUAGCUCUUUUCAGGCUCCUCUCUGCCUAUUGCAUGGUUCCCUAGCUGCUCUGCAUGCAGCUCUGCUAAUGCAUAUGAACCAUGGGCAGCCCCAGCAGUUUGUCCAUCUGCUCCACCAGCAGCAGCUCUCACACCUGAAAUACACCAUUUGGAGCUCAGGUUGGAAGUGAGAUGCAAGAGGUGGGGAUAUGUACACCCAGCAUAUCUGAGCUGCCACAUGCUGCUGUCGUGGGCUGUCAGAUGGCAAUCUUGUAAUAACCUUCACCACGGGUGGUCAGAGCUUGAUUCCUUGUGCCAUUUGCAGACAGCCCUGAAAAUAAAAAGGUCCGCAGUCAGCUAGUGCUCCAACUUAAAUGUCAAACCAAGGUUGUUGUAGCAGAUUUCCUCACGAGACUGGUGCAAAAAGGAAGGAAGCUGUGUUAAGAGAUCUUCCUGCCCACAGCAGCAACACAGUAAGCAGUGAGCAGCUUUGUGCUGGUGGAAUAUCUGGGGUAGGAGGAAACAGCCAUUCAGCUCAUUUGAGGUGCCUUUGGUCAGUAUGUCUCCCCCAAAGAGCUAAAGCUGGCCAAAAAGGGUCUGCUGCAAUGUGCCACAUCCUUUGUUCUUGCUUGUGUUUUUUAAUAUGUUUUAUUUGUUCAGACAGUUUUUAAUACCUGUUGGUGAUGAUGCUCAUUGGCAGCCCUCUGAACAUGAUCCAGCGUGUGCCAAGUGGCCGCGAAGGCCAGCAGUAUCCUGGCCUGUCAGUAAGUGUGGCCAGAAGGACUGGAAAGUGACUGUUUGCCUGUACUCAGCACUGGUGAGGCCACACCUCGAGUGCUGUGUCCUGUUUUGGGCCCUCCUCCUGUCACUGAGGUGCUGGAGCACAUCCAGAGGACAGUGCAGCUGGUGAAGGGUCUAUGGAACAAGUCUGAGGAGGAACAGCUGAAGAAGCUGGGGCUCCUGGGAGACCUUACUGAACUCUGUAACUGCCUGAGAGGAGGUUGUAGCAAGGUGUGGGGCCAGUCUCUUCUCCCAGGUAACAAGUGAUAGAACAAGAGGAAAUGGCUUCCAAGUGUACAGGGAAAGUUGACAUUCUCUGAUUCUGUGCUGUUUACUGUGCAUCAUCUUGCAGAUAAUAUGGAGAGGGUACAUGAAUGGAGCACUGCAGUGUUGGGAACAGGCUGGAAGCAAGGUUAUCAGCAAAAUGCUGAUGCCCUCUGCAAAGCUGCAUGGGCCUUGGCUGGAUUGAACCUUCUGGUGACCAAGUACCUGCCUGCAUUGCUUGCAGUGGUAGGACUUGAGAAAUACUUCUGAGGAGGUGAUGCUUUGGCUUUGCUUUCAGUUCAGCCAGGCUUUAGCUGACCUGAUGCUGCACUCUGGAGGCCAUUGCCUUCCUUCUUUCCUUCCUGCCUCCCUCCCUCCCUUCCUCACUCAUCAUUCCUUCCCCUACAUUACUGAAUGCAGGCAUGGUGAUAAGCCUAUAGCAACUGAAGAGCUGGCUUCCUUGUCUGCAAGGAUGGAGGAGACCAAACCAAGCCUUGUCUUCUCCAAAAGUACAAACUCACUUUUGUACUCAUCUAUUAAAAAGAGGUACAGCCCAAUGGGCUGCUUGUACUACAAGUACUAUCAAAAACUCCAUUUUGUCCAGAAGAUAAAACCUAUGUCCCAUCUUACAUGCAUUUCCCAAAUAAACAGGGAAGAAACUUCUAAUAAAUUCACCUGUUUGUGUGGGCCUUGGGUCAUUGGAAUUUUGGGCCAGAGUGAUCUCCUGAAGGUUCCCUGAUAUUACUGACCCAUAAGAAUGUAAAAGAGCAUGGGAAGAGAGGAAGAUAGAGGAAGGGGAGGAGAUGUCAGUCUGCGUGGUGAGCAGCAUGCUCAUGCCCUCGUGGUGGGUAGAGGAGAUGCCUUGCACAGCAUGGAAAUCCUUGAGAGUGGUGAUGGUGGUGGUGGCUUGUGUGUGCUUGCAGGCUGCCAUGAUCGAGUCCCCUGCCUUGGGAGCAAUUGAAGAGAAGUUUGCUUCUACCAAACUGUGGGUUUUGGUGGAUUUUUUAAAGUUGGCCUUGAAUAAAUCCUCUAGCAGCUGAAGAGAGGUGGCAGCUGGAGGGUGGGAAAUGAAGCACUGUCUCUGGAGGAGGGGAGCACUGGAGCUAGCCAGACUCAGCUCCUUCCACUCAGGCCUUUGUGUGCUGAGCCACUGCCACUGGAAGUGUUGCAGCAUCUUCCACCCAUGGCUUUCAAUAGACUGCUGCAAUGUCCAGGCAGCCUGUCAAGCUUUGGGAGCUGGGCAGGGAAAGCAUGAGCUUUCCAUAAAGCUCUUUCUCCCAUGAGAGGGAAGUUUUACUUAGGACAGAUGGGAUGAUCUUCCUAACUCUCCUCUGCACUGCUCCUGCCUCUCCUAGCUUCCAGCUCUCCCAGACCUCUUCUACCAAAUUUUCCUGCCCUGGUUUUACUGGCCUGGUUGAUUUUCUUCUGUAGGACUCACAAGGGCUUAAUUUCAAUUUACUACAAAUUUGGUGGGACUGAUACCUAUCGUUCCUAUGUGGAAACCAGAUGGAUCAGCAUCAGGAGAGUGGUAGGGGUACUGGAGGUGCCAGGGAUGAUCGGCACCUUGGGGUGCACAGGGGUUCUGCUUGGUAGAGUGCAGGGAGUGCAGAGGGUCCUGGCUAGGUGGUGCCACCUGCCCUGCCAUUGCAGCCCUCUGGGCUGAGCUGUGAGACUCGUGGAGCAGUAAAGCUGUGGGGAGCAACACUACCACACGCCUCAGCCCCCGUCCGGAUGCAAUGGAAACCUUUUUUAGGCGGCACUUUGGGCGGAAAGGGCAGCGGCGCGGCAGCGUGGUGGCUGUGCCCACGGGCAAGGCCAGGCGUCGCUCCCAGGUGGGGCUGCCCUCCACCUCGCUGGCCCAGUGCCGCCGCGGCUCAGGCACGCCAGCGGCAUCCCUCUCCUGCCUGGGCCUGGUCCGGCGUCCCGGCACGCGUCGGCGCUCCAGCACCACACCGCCCUGCCUCAGCCCCAGGUUUGCCGUGCAGAAGAAGCGCGGAGGCCAGGCACAAGCCAUUGAUGCCCAGCUGCUGGGUCCCACUGUCCUCCUGGCCAGCCUCGUUCCCACGGGAGAGGAGGGGGACAGGGCUCACCGCACUGACAGCUCCACAUCGGAGUCUCCAGAGGACAGUGGUGCAGCAGCAGGAGCUGAGCAGGGCCAGCAUGGGCAUAGUGCUGAGGAGACGUGGCUGGCCAUGCUGCCCCAGCCGCGGCCGCUCCAGGCAGGGCUGCUGUCGCGGGGCCCCCGCUGCCUGCGGCGCGCCUCCUCCCACCGCCUGCCCACCGAGGCCCUGCACGGCCGCGCUGCCCACGGCCUGCCGGGCCGCUACCGCCGCCUCAGCCAGCGCCGGCGCUCCAGCGAGGUCCGUCAGCCUGGGCUGCUCCCCUCUGGCCACCCACGGCUGCUGGCCCAGCACUGUGCGCGAGUGGCUGGAACCAAGUGCCCCUCUGCCACCCUUGGCAAGGGUUUGGGACCGGAGCCCACCUGCCACACCACCCCGGACGGCUGGAGCCCCCGCCUGCUGAAAGCUAUUGCCAAAUCCAGUCUCCAACACAUGGUAGCCCAGCCAAACCCGGCCCUGGCCAUGAGGAGUGACUCAGAGAGGCAGAUACGCAGCACUGUGGAUUGGAGCGAAGCUGCGGUCUAUGGGGAGCACAUCUGGUUUGAGACCAAUGUCUCUGGGGACUUCUGCUACGUUGGGGAACAGAACUGCAUGGCAAAGCUUCUGCAAAAACCUCUCUCCAGACGCAAGUGUGCAGCCUGCAAGAUCGUAGUGCAUACGCCCUGCAUCGAGCAGCUGGAGAAAAUAAAUUUCCGCUGCAAGCCUUCCUUCAGGGAGUCAGGAUCCCGGAACAUACGGGAGCCCAUUGUUGUCCGACAUCACUGGGUGCACCGGAGGCGGCAGGAAGGGAAAUGCCGGCAGUGUGGCAAGGGUUUUCAGCAGAAGUUUGCCUUCCACAGCAAAGAGAUUGUAGCCAUCAGCUGUUCCUGGUGCAAACAAGCGUAUCACAGCAAAGUAUCAUGUUUCAUGCUGCAACACAUUGAAGAGCCCUGCUCACUAGGGGCUCACGCUGCUGUUGUCGUUCCUCCCACCUGGAUUCUGCGGGUCCGGCGGCCCCAGAAUCCACUGAAAUCUAGUAAGAAGAAGAAGAGGACAUCAUUCAAGCGGAAAUCCAGCAAAAAGGGGGCCGAGGAAGGGAGGUGGAAACCCUUUGUCAUCAAGCCCAUGCCAGCUCCUCUCAUGAAGCCCUUGCUGGUGUUUGUGAACCCCAAGAGCGGUGGGAAUCAGGGAGCCAAGAUCAUCCAAUCCUUCAUGUGGUAUCUCAACCCACGGCAAGUUUUCGACCUCAGCCAGGGUGGACCCAAGGAGGCGCUGGAGCUGUACCGCAAAGUCCACAACCUCCGGAUCCUGGCGUGCGGGGGAGAUGGCACGGUGGGCUGGAUACUCUCCAUUCUGGACCAGUUACGCAUCAACCCACCUCCUCCUGUGGCCAUCCUACCUUUGGGGACAGGGAACGACUUGGCCAGAACACUGAACUGGGGUGGGGGUUACACAGAUGAGCCUCUGUCCAAGAUCCUGUCGCAUGUAGAAGAUGGGAACAUAGUACAGCUCGAUCGCUGGAACCUCCGUGUGGAGCCAAACCCUGACACAAACCCUGAGGAAAAGGAUGAGGCGGCUGCUGACAAGCUUCCUUUGGAUGUCUUUAAUAACUACUUCAGCCUUGGCUUUGACGCACGGGUGACGCUGGAGUUCCAUGAAUCCCGAGAGGCCAACCCAGAGAAGUUCAACAGCCGGUUUCGGAAUAAAAUGUUCUAUGCUGGGACGGCCUUCUCCGACUUCCUCACCGGGAGCUCCAAAGACUUGGCGAAGCAUGUCAGGCUGGUUUGUGAUGGGACAGACCUGACCUCCAAGAUUCAGGACCUGAAGCCCCAGUGCCUGGUCUUCCUUAACAUCCCAAGGUACUGUGCAGGCACCAUGCCCUGGGGCAACCCUGGGGAGCACCAUGACUUCGAGCCCCAGCGCCAUGAUGAUGGUUGCAUUGAAGUUAUCGGCUUCACCAUGACAUCACUGGCUGCCUUGCAAGUCGGUGGCCAUGGAGAGCGGCUCUGUCAGUGCCGGCAGGUGGUUCUCACCACAUCCAAGGCCAUCCCCAUGCAGGUAGAUGGAGAGCCCUGCAAGCUGGCAGCUUCCCGCAUCCACAUCUCUCUGCGCAACCAAGCCAACAUGGUGCAGAAGACCAAGCGGCGUAACUCCAUGCCUCUGCUCAAUGACCAGCAGCCAGUGCCCGAGCGGCUGCGGAUCCGGGUGAGCCGAAUCAGCAUGCGCGACUAUGAGGCACUGAACUACGACAAGGAAAAGCUCAAGGAAGCCUCUGUGCCACUGGGGAUCAUCGUGGUUCCAGGAGACAGUGACCUGGAGUUGUGCCGGACCCAGAUUGAGAAGCUGCAGGAGGAUUUCCCUGCACAGCCCUCUGCUUUAGAGCGCCUGCUCUUCCAGGAGGGAGAUGGAGCCAAGCCAAAGACACUGUCAUUCCAGAAGUUGUCACCCAAGUGGUGCUUCCUGGACUCAACCACGGCCGAUCGGUUCUACAGGAUAGACCGUGCACAGGAACACCUCAACUAUGUGACAGAGAUCUCUCAGGAUGAGCUCUAUGUGCUGGACCCAGAGCUAGUGGUCACUCAGACUGUGAGCACUUCUCCUGCCAUGCCUGACCUCGUGGAUUCAUCUGCCACACCCCCUGGGCACCAUUUUGCAUUUCCUUCCUGUUCUUCCUCUCCACCCUCCUCUCCUGCCCCCAGCGCUGAGCCUGAGCGCGGCCUCCCACAUAAAGAUGACCUUCUGAUAGAAGCUGCCAAGAGUGGCAACUUCAGCAAGUUCCAAGAGCUGCAUCAAGCUGGAAGAGACCUGAUGGUGCGAGAUUCCUCGGGCCAGACUGUCCUCCACCAUGCUGUCAAAUCGGGAAGCAAGGACAUCGUCAAAUACAUCAUCGAGAAUGCUCCUUCAGAAAUCCUUGAUGCCACAGAGGAGGAGAACGGUGAGACCAGCUUGCACCAGGCUGCAGCCUUACGCCAGCGCACUAUCUGCCACUACAUCGUGGAGGCCGGGGCCUCGCUCAUGAAGACAGAUCUGCAGGGAGACACCCCGAAGCACCGUGCUGAGAAAGCCAAUGACCCUGACUUAGCUGCCUACCUCGAGAACCUACAGCACUACCAGAUGAUCCAGCGGGAGGACCAGGAGACAGCUGUGUAGUGCUUGGCGUGCCUUAGCCCGAGCCAGCUCAUGCAGGAUGAGAAGAGUACAAUGCCAACUGGCAGAGCUGUAUCUGGCCCAACCCUCCCCAGAUGCCAGCCUGGUCCCUGGAGAUGGAUACAGAAGAGCUCUGCCCCAGGCUGGGCUGGAACUCUGUUUAUGAGGACAAUGGAUAUUUCAGACUUGAAGCCUGAUUCUUUGUGUGUCCACCCCUUCACCUGUAUUUCACCACAUUCCCUGCCCUAGAUGGGCUCUAUCCCCCAGCCAUGUUGGAGCAGGCCAGGCUGAAGCCCCCAGUCACCCUUGUUCAUGGGAGUAAUGCCAGUGCCCCCUCCACAGGCUCCUACCUAUAAUCCUUAUGGGAUAUCAUUGCUCAGCCCCUCUCUCUGCUGGCAGUGCCCCUCUUUUAGGUGCUUGGCUAGGUUUGUGUCCUGUUCCUCCUCUCCUGUCUGGCACAGCUGUGGGAGGCACAGGCUGCAUGGACAGACUGCAGAGGCUGUGAGCUGCACUCUGCCCCAAAGGAAGCACCACAGCUUACUGGCACUGCCUUCUCCUUCCUCCUGGGGCUGCACCAGGUCUCUGUGUUGCCCUACCCAGAGCUUUCUGCAGCAGGAGGGAAGUCACUUGUGCAUCCAGCCUUUGCUCAGAGCACCUGGGUCUGGUGCAGCUGGAAGUAGGGCAGCAGGUGCUCUCCUGAUGGGCCUUUAGUGCUUAGUUAGCAGUCUGACUCAGGGCUGGGAUGGCAUGGAGGAAGGCUACCAAACUCUCCCACCACACUUCUCUCCACGGGGCUGGGUGGAACAGUUUGCACACCCACUCUACUGAGCAUCUCUUUGUGAGCCCUGCAGGAUGGUGGAGAGCUGCACUCAGCUGGUGGCAGUGGCAGCAGUGAUGCCUGUUGUAUUUCCCAAAUGCUGAGUUCGAUUCAGCUGCCCUCCUUGCUUCAGUUUCCCCCUCAAUGCUAGACUUUGCACGGGGCUGGACGGGCAGUGCUGGGGUCAGUGCUGCUCUCAGGGAUCCCCUCCUGCCCCCCAACCUGGCAACAUGCAUCCUCUUAGGCUGACUCCUGCUACUCCCCAAACUGGGUGCAGGGUGUUGCAGGGAGCUCACCCAGCUGAGACACAACCCACCUGGGCAGACCAUGAACUCACCCUCCAGUUUUAGUAGAAAGAGAGAUUUGGAUUCCCAGGAACCAUUGGAGCUCGUAGCCCUGAGUCAUGCCUGCAGUGGGAUGGAGUUUCACCAACUGCCUGCAGUGGGCAUGAGGCACCACAAUCCAUCUCCCCUGUUGAUGCUGUGAGCACUUAAUGCCAAGACAUCAAGCCAGGCCUUAAGCAAGGCUUUUGCAGAACUGAGUCUCCAAGACCAGGAAGUGCCCACAGAGGAGGAAAGUUGAUGGCUCUGAGCCUGGCAGACCUGCUUGGCAUUUUUAGAUGGGCAGUGGUUGUGAAGGGGGUUGCUGUUCACAUCUUGGCUCUAGGAGAGGAUACUGCUGCUGCCGUGUGUGGUCUGUGCAGUCCCUCUGCACUCACACACAGCUGUGCCCACUGGGUAGUGCUGGGUGGCACUGUUUGAAUCCCUCCUACUACCAAGAAAAGGGUAUGAGGAUAUUGUAGGGAACCAGAAUACCCUUCAGACUUUUUGCCCAGGGGCAGGGUUUCCUUGAAUGAUGGGUGAUGCUGUACUGGGGAACAGAGGCACACAGGGCAGUGCAGGGUGCCCAGGGGCCAGUGUCAGUAUUGGCAAAUAAUAAUGAUAGUGUACUAAUGCAUUGACAGCUGGGACACUCCAGAAGUGCCUGGAGUUCUCAUUGGCACUGCUGGCAGGCCACUGAUAGACAAGGCACUGUCAUCUUCUCAGAGGUCCACACCACUGCUGCCCCAGAUGGGAUGCCCAACUUGGCCCAGAGGCAUUUAAAGCCUCAGCUUUCCCCUUUCUCCCUUAUAGGUUUUGUACAGGUAGUUGAGAGACACACUGUCCCCUUCCCUGCCUGGCCCCUCCAUGCACCUGUGAGCUGAGUUGCUGUGCAAUUCCAAGCCUGCUUAUAUUUUGGUGAAGAAGGAGGGGGUGUUGGUUACCCUGCCCCCUGAGGGCAGGGGUUCUGUGCAAUACCUGGGUCUGUGUUUCUUAGACACUGUUGUAGGAUUGUAUUUUUGUAACUAUGUGAGGGUGCUGGCUCCAGCCGGCCCAGGGCCUGGCACGAGCCUGUGUUCCCAUUGCUUUUCAACUUUGAUUGUUUGGAUGUUGUUGUUUCUUGCCAUUGAAAUAAAGAGAUUGAUGUUUUAG